AUGCACACUGAUAAUGUCUUUCUAAGACAAUACGUUCAUUUAUUUUUUAAUAGGAAUGCAAAUGGCUUCUGAAAACUUUGUGGUGGGAAUUGUUCUCUUCUCCCAGAUUGCAGUGGGAAUGCUUGGCAAUUUCUCAAUACUAUUUUAUUAUAUCAUUUUGAUAGUCAGUGGCAAACAUUUAAUGCCCAAAGACCUGAUUAUUGAGCACUUGACUUUUGCCAACUGCUUGUCUGUUGUCUCGAGAGGCAUCCCACAGACACUGUUAGAUUAUGGAUUUAAAGAUUUCCUGGAUGAUAUUGGAUGUAAAUUGAUAGUGUAUCUUUACCGAAUAACAAGAGGAAUGUCCCUAUAUGCUAUGUGUCUAUUGAGUUGCUUCCAAGCAAUCACAAUCAGUCCCAGCAACCCCAGGUGGAUAAUGCUUAAACACAGGGCCACCAAGUACAUUGGUCCUUCCUGCUCACUCAGCUGGCUUAUGCACUUUGUUCUAAACAUCAUGACUCCAGCAAGAGUGUUAGGUCCUAGUUACAACAAAAAUGCAACAAACAGGAUGAAUUAUGGGUACUGUUCAUGGUUUGCAUCUGGCAAUUUUGCAACUGCACUUUACAUGUUCUUACUGUGCUUCUCUGAUGGUCUGGGUCUGGGUCUCAUGGUCUACUCAAGUGCCUCCAUGCUGAGUAUCCUCUACAGACAUAAGAGACAAGUCAAGCAUAUACACAGGGCUCAACACUUUCUAAAAGUCUCACCUGGAAACAGAGCCACCCAAACUAUCCUCAUCCUGGUGUGCACAUUUGUCAUCUCUUACUCAUUCUCUUCCAUUGUGGUCACCUUUACAACCUACUCCAAAUAUCCAAUGCUAUGGGGAGUAUCUACAUUUCUAGAAAUGUUCUUUCCCGUAUUUUGCCCAUUUGUUCUCAUCAGCAAUAUGAUGUCUAUUUCCAGCCUGUUUUUAUCCUGCUUUGGUAGAAGACAGCUUCCUCCAAGAAUGGCAUGA